AUGGAGGAGGCAGUUCCAGCGCCCCUCGGCCACGGCAGCGCCGUCUCUCCAGCCGUGCCCGUGCUGCCCACGGUGAUCAACAUUGAAGAUGAGGGCAACGCGGCCCCCGACGCGGCUCCCACCAAAGCGGCUGGCAGCGUGGAUGGUUCCGCAGCGGGUGGCGGCGCAGUGGGUGGCGACGGAGAUCGUGGCGGCCCAGCGGACGUCGAGGUGGGCGGCGGCAUCGAGCGUGUCCAGGCCGCCGUGUCGAAGCAAAAGACGAUGUCCACAGACUACAUGCCAAGCUGGAUGAGGAACUACUUCUUAGCCAUGGUGCCCCAGUUCGCUGCAGCAGCCCCUCCUUGCAGCUCGGGCGCCCCACGGGCGGACCCUCCUAUAUACACCGUGACCUUCAAGAUGGAGUCGGAGGGUGCACGAUUGAUGCAGCUCGUCUAUGCCGAUGCGGAUGCCGACGCAGCCGACCAAGGCGGUAUCCUAGAUGCCAUGACUGGUGGAUCGUCUAUGCCGAUGGGGCUCGUCCGUGCUGAUGGAGCCGCAGUGCAUGACGCCGACGGCGUCUCCAUGCCGACGCGGCCCGACUACGUCGUUGCGCAUGCGACGAGGUGCCGCCAGAUGCAGUUUGCAGCUGGACGGCUUCAGCGGGCCUCGUCCGAGGCGGGCUUCUGGGUCGCGCGCAGCGCGGCUGGUUCGACGGCUGGCUCUGCGAACGGGAGGGCCAGCGAGGUGGUCAAGGGUGUCGAGAAGACGAAAGCUCACCAGUCCUUCCUGAAUAUGCCAGGCACCGUCAAGUGCAUGCGCAGGAGUUGCGGCGCCACGCCCGAUAAGGUGGAUAGGUGGGGCGCCUACGAGGAGACGAAGGCCAGGGGCGGCACCUGGCUCUCCAAACCAACGGGGCCUGCAUGCGGAGAUUGCACGGAUCACUGUUGGUUUGGGUGCGAGAAUUUCGGCAACACCACGGAGGUGCUCGAGCAGCGCAACAAUGGUAAACUUUUCGACGCCGAGCUCACCGACACGAUGCGCUGGAGGAAGAAGAACACCCAGCCCUUUUACCCAGCCAACGUGACCCGCUCAACCAAGAGCUCCGUGAGAGCGGUCGUGCGGCACCGAGGCCUCCGCCCAUUCGAGUUCGAGAAGGUAUUCAACAAGCCGCCCAGCGGUGCGGGUCGCAAGCGGCAGGACCUAGUCGACCCCCACUCUGGCGAGAAGUUCAAGGGCGUCAUCGGCAUCGCGUACGAGUUGUCCAGCGACGUCGAGUCCUGCGAGACGGAGUUCACGUUGCAUCAUACGAACCAGCGGCGCGAGAGCCAGGCCCGCGAAUACUACGAGGAGCUGCUGCGGCCCUCUGGGUUGGAUCACGAGGGGGCUAAGAAGCUGCGCCUUUGCACCGACACCUACGAGGACAUCAUCGCCCACAUCGGGGCUGGCAUUCCCCCCGACGACGGACCGCCCGCGGAAGAUGCUGACGGGGCCGCCGCGGACGGCGCCGACGCCGCCAGCUUCGAGGGGGGCGCCGACGCGGCCGAGGAUGCCGAGGGGUCCGUGGCGGCGUCGCCCGCGUUCAAGGGCUCGCGGAACCAGCUCGUGGUCAACAGCGCGAUGAUCCACACCGUGCGAAGCAUGGAGGGAGAUGCCGUCGCGCAGGGCGACGCAUCGGAUGCUGGUACACACAAGGUUGCAGACCCCGUCACUGCGAGAAUCGACGGCGCCAACCUCACCGCGAUUGCCAGCGGUGCCAAGCGCUGCGGGCACAGGCGCCAGAGGAUGGAGAAGCUUCGCGAUGAUAUGGCCGCGCAUGAUGACCCGUCCAAGCGGGUGGAGGCUCGGCGCUUCACGAAGCGGCUCGAGCUGACCGACAUCGAGGAGGAUUGCUCGAAGUUUGAGAACAUCAUGGCUUGGGAGAAGGCCGACCUCGCGAAGAAGCUCCAGGACCUGGUGACUGCCGACGUGAACUUGCCCGUGUCCCUGGCCAUCAACUUGGCGUCCAGGGAGCUGCGGGAGCUCGGCGAGAAGAUCGUGACCCAGAACGGUUCCGUCCAGGAGUUCUUCCGUGCCGCCUUCCCGUGGGACACGUCGCUGGUGGACGACGAGGCCCGCGGGCAGUCUCGCAUGGGCAGGGCGAGGGUCAGGUACGAUAUGGUCAAGCAGAAGGGGCUCGGAGAAGGCAAGGGGCAGACGGGAUACUGCAUGGGGGGUUCCGACGACGGCUUGAGGGAGGCCGCCGAGGUCUCGACAUUCGAUCCGUUGAGCUCCCUGGCGCGCAACAUCCCCAUUGUGCUAGAUCCGUGCGGCACGCAGGUUGAGCGGUGGUGCAUGCAGUACUUCAUCACGCCGAUCGUGCGCGCCAUCGGCGUCAAUUGCCAGGCGAAGAUGAUGGAACUUCUCGAGAGGGCAGAGAAGAUGAUGCUUGCGCAGCCCACCGACAUCGACGAUGGGGUAUCGAGCAGCAUCGCUGAAGUGGUGAAGUCGUCGCGUGCGAUUCGGGCCCUCGUCUCGCCGCAGGAUGCUGUGCUGGCGAAGGCGUUGGGCGCAAUCUCGCAGGUCCCAGCCCGAGAUGUGAGUAGGUCGCAGUGGCAGGGCGUCGCCUACAACACCUGUGCUUUGCUGAAGGACGUCCCGUACUUCAAGACGAUGAUCGUGUCCUUCCGCAUGACCAGGGCAACGCACGUGAAUGCCGCGGCGAAGAUGACUUGCGCCGUCGACGGAGUCAGGUCGGCCACCACCCUGAACACCAAGAUCGUCGCCCAGACCAACGCCAUGAAGGAGUUAAGCACCAUCAAGCAGAAUUCUCGCUCGGGCCCCCAUGUGAUAGACCAUGUAGGCACAGUGAAUGACUGGGAGAAUAUGAUAUGCACGAUGGCAGAUGACGGGGCGAAGCUCAUGUCCGAGGGCGGCCACGUCGAGUACAACUUCCAGAACGCCGAGGCCCUCCAGCGCAUGGCCAACGUCCUCGAUAGUUACAAGAGUUUCUACGAGGUCUUGAAGACCACUGGCCUGAAGGCGAGGCCGCCUUGGGAUGCCGCCGCCGAGGCCGCGACCGAGCUCGCCUCGCGCGUUGGCGCGGCCAUGUCCCGCGAGGUCUCGGAGCCCUUCAUGUCCAGUGUGCAGGGCCAGCAGCUUGUCCAAGAUCCGACCAAAAGGGACGAGAUAGUGCAGCAAGUGCUCGCCGUUCUCACCUCCUCCGGCGCGCCCGACCUCUACCAGGAGGAAUUGGCCAACCAGGAUGCUUGCCUCUGCUCGGUGGUCGACAAGCUUUUGGAGUUCUUGCCGAAAGACCAGCUCUUGUACCCGUCGUGGCGCAGCGUCUCCACUUGGAUCGAAGAGGUGGCGCGGGUGUCCGAGGGCAUGGCGGUGCUGAUCGCCAGGGGCCCGACCGCGGCACUUAGGCUGAGGGAAGCUCACGGCACCGAGCUCCUCCGUGCCCUCGCUUGCUCUGUUGAGGAAGCGGCCGAGAUGAAGGCGCCGAUAGCGCAGGUCGUCACGCUGCCCGCGGACGCCGACAAGAUCACGUCAGAGGCCAAGACCUUCGUCGAGGAGAACGCUCCAUGGUUGUAUGAGUCCGCCAUGGAUGAUAUCAAGGUCUUCGUGGACAGCCCGUGCAAUAAGGACGAGUCGCAAUCGGAGUGCGUCCGCGCCGUCAGGCGCGGUGUGCUGCAGGACCCCAGCCGCGAGAAGUGGUCGGACUGCUUGACCGACGGCACGCUCGAGGCGGUCACUGAGGCUGUGAAGAAUACGCUCUUGGUUCUCAAAGUUGACGCCUACAAAGAUGCUCAAUCUGUCCUGGUGGCAAAGCUGGAGUCUGCGAAACAGGUGCGGGAGUAUUACGGCAUGCAAGCAAACGAGGUGCUCGAGCAGGAGUACCAGAGCAUCUGCGAUGGCAUGCAGCUCAGCCACAGCGAGGGGGUGUUCAUGGCGUCCAUCAUCAAGUACAAGGGGAAGGACACGAAACUGAAGAUGUCGCUCGCCAGGGAGAAGAAGGCCAUCCAGAAAGCGAAGUACUGGGAUCGUGUGGACAGUCGGCCGAGGGCGCUCGUGGACAAAGGCAUCGACCUGCUGCUGUGUGCGCCCGACACUUUCCAGUGGGGGUUCGGGCCUCGUUGGCGCCCCGUGCCCGUCAACGCGGGGCGCGGCUGUGGGCCUGCAGUGAGGUGGACCGCCCUGAAGGCCGCGCAGCACAGGCGUGCUCAACACGCGCAGGAGCACCUACCCUCGCUGGCGCUGCGCGCCGCUGCGGCCGCGGCCGGCGCCGGCGGGCCAGAAGGUCCCACAGUUGUAGUCGAGGCAACGAAGCACCAGCUCGUGAAGCAGAUCAUGUCGUGGAGACUCGCGCAGGGAGAUGCUGGCGCAUCGGCGGCAGCAGCAUCGACGGGGGAGGAGGGCAACAGGGGCUCGGAGGGCAGGGCGAACAAGGUUCCGAAGACAGAGGGCGGCAAGGGCACUGGGGGAGAACAAGGCUCGGGAAAGGGCACGGGCACGGACCACCACGCUGGCCACAUAGCAAUCGCCACUGUGGAAGAGGCCAUCAAUGCCUUCAGCGACACGGACGAGAGCCACACGGCCAGCAAAGAGUACUUGAAGGAGUGGGUCGACUCCGUGAACGACAGCAAGCACGGCCUCCGCCUCACCGACGCGACCUUCAGCUCGUUCAGGAUCAAGAUGCCCGCGCCCUCGGGAGCCCCCGCCGAGCGGCUCGCUCCGGAGCUCGCGGAGCUCGGCGCCGCGCCGGACGCCGACGCCCUCAUGGGCCGUCGCGCCCGGGCGGCGCUCUGCGCCGCGGGCGCCGCGGCCGCGUGCGGGCUGUUGCUGCUGCGGGCGCUCGGGGCGCCCCGCGGGAGCGGGCCACCGCAGCACCGCCAGGACGCCGACGCCGAAGCGGUUAGCCUCGGCGCUCUGGGUCUGCUUGGCGAGAUGCUGGAGAGCGGCGGGAGCGUCCUCAACGACGGCGUGGAGGCGGACAAGGCGCUGGAGACCCUGCCGGGGCAGAUCCAGGGCAUUGGGAGCGAGCUCGUUGGCGACUACCCUGACGGUGUCACAGCACACGGCCCCCUCGUCGACGCGCUCAAGAAUGGGACGUUCAGCGCGUGGCUCCAGAACGAGACCAACCGCGAGAAGCUCAAGAAGUUGCUGAAGAAACCCAACAACAAGCACGACGGUAAUUUUUGCGAGGACGACGAGGAGGAGCACGCCUCCUUGUGUUACAAGAAGUGUUCCCUGAUCACGAACGGCGCGUAUCCGUUCCGGGGCACCGCGUUCUCCUGCUGCAGAUCGCAGCCGUGCACUCUAUUCAAUUCGCAUUUCAUUAUGUCGAUGUGCAGUGGGUACGACAUCGCCGGCGACAGGGCCAACAACCAGUGCCCUCACUCCAGAGGGGCUUGCUACGCGGACGAGGAGUUGCACGCCAAUAUGUGCUUCAAGAAAUGUUUGUUGCUUACCAAUGGGACCCACGGCUUCAGGACUGCGGCAGAUUCGUGCUGCAAGUACCAGGGUGUCAUGCAGUGCUUGAUGCAUGCCAACUCCUCGUUGACGAACCCGCUGUACGGAGUCGGCGGUGGCGAGUUUGAAAAGACCAGUUUGAACAAGUCCGUGAACAGCCCGCACCCUCCUGUUGUGGUUGAGGCGGAGGAGCCAUAA